UUACCAGCUGACAAGGUUGUAAUUGUGCUAGAGUAGUGGGUGUUCUCGGUGCUCAGGUGUUUUUCGUUAAUUGACGAUAAAUAAAUAGCAUACCUUGUACUAUGUAUCAGUUAGAACUAUUUAUCUUAACGUACAAACAAUGUAAAAAUGAGUCAUAACCGCGUUUUGUAACAGUGGUGCUAAAAAUUGUGGACACUGAAGAAUCCAUGACUGGAAAAUGUUUGUUCUGAGCUUAAUUCACAUUGUCUGCUUAUUCUUUUGUUUCAACAACAUCAAUGCUUCGAUUCAUGAUAACAUCAAAUAUUUUGAGACAAUUCAUGCUGAUCAAGUGAAACACACAAUAGUAAAAAGGGGUUUGAAGGAGAGUAAUCAUCCAUACAACAAAAUCAAAGAAAUUAACUUUUCUGCACUUGGUCAGGACUUCAGGGUGAUACUUACACCAAAAAGAGGUGUUCUGCAUCCAAAAUUCAAAGCUUACAGUGUGGAUGGAGAUGGGAAGGAAACAACUAUUCAUUUAGAUCAUGAUCAAUUUUUUGAUGGAAGAGUUUUUGGUGAAAAGGAUUCACAUGCAAGUUUCCACAUUAAUGAUGGUGUCAUGACAGGAACAAUUCAUUUGUCUGAUGAGACAUAUCACUUUGAGCCAUCUUGGCGUCAUAUUUCGCAUCUAGACAAUCGCUCAAUGAUCGCAUACAAAGCCUCAGAUGUGCAAUUUAGUUGGGAUAAAGACCACAGACAUGGACAUGCACAUCCACACGGCGCCCCCGGUCCGAAAACUUGUGGAUAUGUUAAAGAAGGAGAAGAAUUAGAGGAAGAUGAUGAUGAAGAUGAUGAACCGCAGCCAAGUCCGUGGACGGAAGCAUUACAUCAGUCGAAACAGGAACGAAAAAAGCGACAAAUUGAUCAAUAUGAAUACACACCAACCAAAACAAGAUGUCCACUACUACUGGUAGCAGAUUAUAGAUUCUUCCAAGAGAUGGGAGGCAGUAAUACCAAGACAACUAUUAAUUACUUGAUUAGUUUAAUUGAUCGUGUGCACAAAAUCUACAACGAUACAACAUGGCAAGACCGGCAGGAAACAGACGGUUUCAAAGGGAUGGGUUUUGUUAUCAAAAAGAUUGUGGUUCACAGUGAACCGACGCAUGUUCGACCUGGAGAUGCUCAUUAUAACAUGGUUCGUGACAAGUGGGACGUCAGAAAUCUGUUAGAGUUGUUCUCACGCGAGAGGGCGAACAAGGGCUGUUGCUUAGCGCACUUGUUCACGCACCAGACGUUCCGCGCACGAGACUCGGUCGUUUUGGGCCUAGCAUACAUUGCAUCCCCGAGGUUAAACUCGCACGGCGGCAUUUGUAGUCACGAAUACUUCAAAAAUGGUUACACUCUCUACUUAAACUCUGGUCUGAGCUCAUCACGAAAUCAUUACGGACAAAGAGUCAUAACACGUGAAGCUGAUUUAGUCACAGCGCACGAGUUCGGUCAUAAUUGGGGCUCGGAACAUGACCCGGACGUUCCGGAAUGUUCUCCAAGUGCUAGUCAAGGCGGGUCAUACUUGAUGUAUACCUACAGUGUGAGCGGAUAUGACGUAAACAAUAAAAAGUUUUCGCCGUGCAGUCUUAGAUCGAUUAAGAAAGUCCUGCAGGCAAAGUCGGGACGGUGUUUCUCUGAACCCGAAGAGAGUUUCUGCGGUAAUUUGCGAGUUGAAGGUGAUGAAGAAUGCGAUGCUGGUUUGCUGGGCACGGAGGAUAAUGACGCAUGUUGUGAUAAAGAGUGUAAAUUGCGGCGUAACCAAGGAGCGGUUUGCAGUGAUAAGAAUUCACCAUGUUGUCAGAAUUGCCAGUUUAUGAUGAAGGGGAUUAAAUGUCGCGAAGCGCAGUAUGCAACCUGUGAACAGGAGUCAAGAUGUACAGGUUCCACAGCGGAUUGUCCGAAAAGUCCAGCAAUGGCGGAUCAAACCGAUUGCCAAGAACGAGGCAAGUGUAGGAAUGGUAAAUGUACACCUUACUGCGAGACGCAGGGGCUGCAAAGUUGUAUGUGUGAUAUAAUUGAAAACGCCUGCAAACGUUGCUGUCGAACAAACAUGAAUGAAACAUGCUUCCCUGUUGAACCCGCUGACAUUCUCCCCGAUGGCACUCCUUGUAUCCAAGGAUUCUGUAACAAAGGCAACUGUGAGAAGACAAUUCAGGACGUUGUGGAGCGAUUUUGGGACAUCAUUGAAGACAUCAACAUCAACAAAGUGUUGCUAUUUUUGCGCGAUAAUAUCGUCGGCACAAUAGUGCUGGUAACAGCGCUAAUAUGGAUUCCAGCUAGUUGUAUUGUAAAUUAUGUUGAUCACAAGCGCCGAAAGGAAGAUAUGAAGAGGAGAGAAUGGAAGCGGCGCAGCGAGUUGAUUCAUCCAAUGGACAGCAAGCGUGUUUUGAAUAUUACAGUACCUGCGCAGAGGCAGCCAAUGCAGAUGAGAUCAAAUGAAUGAAUACGUAACUUAAUAAGUAAUGAAGUUAAAUAUUUAUUACCUCAAGUUUCAUUUUCUACUAGAUUAAGCAGUUUCUUUGUUGUACAUUACCAGUUAUGUGUGUAAAUUGUUUAGUUUAUCAGUAUUGAUGUCACCUAAUGUAGUUCAUACAUGUUACUGUGCAGUGAAGUCAUUUUUCUUACCAUUAUUAACCAAAAACUGUCGUAUGCAUUGAAAUUAACGUAAUUGUUACGAAAUAUACAUCAUCUAUACA